CUUCUUGGACGGGUAUUUAACAUUCUUAGAGAGAAUAAUCCAGAGCUUGCAGGUGAUAGGCGUAGAACAGUUAUGAGGCCUCCUCAAGUUCUUCGUGAAGGCACAAAGAAAACUGUUUUCGUCAAUUUCAUGGAUCUAUGUAAAACGAUGCAUCGUCAGCCAGACCAUGUUAUGGCUUUCUUAUUGGCGGAACUGGGAACCAGUGGAUCUCUUGAUGGACAGCAGAGAUUGGUUGUUAAAGGAAGGUUUGCACCAAAGAACUUUGAAGGAAUUCUGCGAAGAUAUGUCAAUGAGUAUGUUAUUUGCAUUGGGUGCAAGAGUCCAGACACUAUCCUUUCAAAGGAGAAUCGACUGUUCUUUCUCAGAUGCGAGAAGUGUGGUUCUGGACGACCAGUUGCUCCAGCUGGUUUUGUUGCUCCUGUUAGCCGGAGGAACGCUGGGACAUGAUUUUUACUUGCUAUAUCGUAGCAUGAUGUUUUUGACACUUAGAUGUAACAGCCCAAGUUCACCGUUAGUAGAUAUUGUCCGCUUUGGCCCAUUACGUAUCGCCGUCAGCCUC